AUGGCGCCCGAUGGCCAGCUCCAUGUAGUCGAGAACCCCAUUAAUGAACCAACGGUGAAUGCCGACGCUGCGGUUGCCAUUAUUGGUGUCACAGGCCAGCAGGGAGGGGAAAACGCCUUGCUUGAGAGAACGCCGAGUGUUGUGCUCACUGGCCACGAACUCGAAACAAACAUUGUUAAAUGGACUAUCAUGGAAGACCCGAUUGUCAAAGCAGGUGUUCCGCUGUAUUUGCAGACGGCCGUUUUACUUUCACGAAGAUCCAACGACGUCUUCGAGGCCAAAGUCAACAUCAAAGCUGAUGCUUCCAGGUUCUCACUUAUGAGCCCACCAGAUCAUUCCGUGACCUUUGAUCCAGAGGAAUCUCCUCUGAUACCUAAUGAACUGACAGGCCUGGAUCUGCAUGACCUCAAGUCGGUUGAUCUCUCCCAGCUUUGCAAAAUACGAAACGUCUUUGACAUAGAGGACAUUCCGCCGUGGGAAACCGUUGACCGGACUGUCAGAGACCUUGUUAGAAAGGAUAAAGUAGUGGAUGACCAGGCCGAACAUAAAGUGGCGGAUGACAAGGCCAAAUCAUGGUUCAUAGAUCUCUGGGACAACAAUACCGUUGCUGAUGCACCGGACAUAUUGCCCAAGUCAUUGGGCCGAGGCGAGUUGGCAAACUACUUUUCCUGGAUAUCUGAGACACCGAAUGAUGAUGCUCCAGCACCUGUCGAACUAGCGGAUCUAGGGGGAGAACAGGCACAGCAAUUGUCGAGACCUACUUCUUUCUGCAAUUUGAUUGCAAGGCAGUCAAGUGAGAGUGGGCUUACAACAUUCGACAAGUUAAAAAACCUCCUCAACGAACCUCGUGUCGAGCUAUUGUCUGGCUUUUUCGAACUCCCCGUCGAUUUCGAAAUCACUCGACGUCAUGACCGUGGAGGAUAUCAAGUGUUGAAUGACAAGGAGGGCAACAAGACUUCCAAACUUUACAUCAUCCAGACGCCAUUCUAUAGUACAGGCUUCUGGUCAUUGAUUCUUUACUCCGUAAUCGAUAGUGGUGUUGCGCGAGACCGAAGCAAGUCAUCUGGUAUCGUUCAUGCUGAUGCUGGCGUUGAUCUAAGAGGAAUUUUCGGCGGCGUCCGUGACAUUGCUGCCAAACAGGGCCACCAUCGAACUCUGCUACCAGUACAACUAUUCAAAUCCCACUACCAAGCUACUUUCUCGGCUUUCAACUCUAUUCAAGAAGAAGUUGAAAAGGUAGAUAAGGAGCUUCUGCGGCAGCUCGAAGAAGAGGGCAGGCUAGAUGAUGCAAGUAAGCUAUACCGGAGAUUGAGUAUGAGAUUGCAUGAGUGCAGCAUGAAGCUUGCUGAACUUCGCCGACGUCGAAUGUUUGAGAAGGAGUUUGGUGCUGGACUGCAAGAAGAUCUAGAAAACGACAGUAUGCUGAAACUAGUGGUCCAGACAUACUCUAAAAUGUCUGAAAGCAGGGACUCAGACAUCGAGAGUCUACCUGAAAAGAUUGAGAGUCAACGAAAUGUUUUAUACAAUUUAAUCACGCAGCACGAUAGUUAUCUACAAGCUAGGCUGGCUCGAGAAUCACUCCGAGACUCCAAAGCUAUGAAGACUCUGUCAAUCUUGACGAUUCUUUUUCUACCUGGAGCUUUCAUCGCCACAAUCUUCUCUACGAACAUGUUCGACUUUAAAUACAAGAACCAGCAAGUGAGGAUUUAUUUUGCGAUUGUUAUUCCUCUUACCGCGGUCCUGAUGAUCUGCUGGGUUCUCUGGUUGAAGAAUACACCUGAAAGUUGCGAUGCAGAAUCCGGGUUCAGAUAUCGGCCAGUCAAGAAUAUGAACUGGCCGAAGGAGGGAAAGGAAGACUGA